CGCCCAGCUCCGAUGCUUGCAUCCCGGAUUGCCGGCGCCGAAUUGAUAGGCCCUCCGGUGGAGCCCGCUCGGGCUUGCCACUUGCGGUAUAUUAACUGCGAGCUGUUGUUCAAGGGUGGUUUUUGUACGACAAACCUCAAUCAACCACAUCAUCACACAACACACCACUACCUUCUCCACAUACCAUGGCCAUCACCAGCAAGAUCACUGUUCACAAAAUCACCCCUCCUGCAGGCGCAAAAUACGACAUUGGCGCUGAGAUCCGCGGGGCGGACUUGGACAACCUCACUCCGGUUGACUUUGAUGUUAUUCGCAAGGCUCUGUACGAGAAUCAAGUUGUCCUCUUCAAGAAUCAGCAAGAUCUUUCUCCACGGGCGCAAUAUGAGCUCACACAACUCUUCGAUCCCGAAGCACAAUCCUAUGGCCACGGCAAAACGAUCGACGCCAAACGCUCGAUCCUUCAUCCAGACCUGAAGACGAUCCCCCAUCAACCCCAAGUUCAAGUGAUCGGUAACGGGCCGGUCGCCGAAUUCCAGGGCCUCAAAAACAUCACUCUCAAACAUCCUCAUCACAAGACCUUCCACAAGGAUGUCAUCUCGCCCGAGGAUGACCGAGACAACACCCGCUUCUACCGCUGGCACAUCGAUGCAGCCCUAUACGACCUGAACGCUCCUCGUGUCACGAGCUUGAUGGCCGUCAGCGUCCCCAAGACCGAGCAACAAACGCUUCGCUAUGACGAUGGCACCGGCGACAAGCUGAGCGUGCCCCGUGGAAGCACCGUAUUCGCAAGCUCUUACACCAUGUACGAUCUCCUUUCCGAAGAAGACAAAGAGUUUGUGCGCACGACCAAAGUCCAAUAUGCCCCUCAUCCCUACGUCUGGAUGUCCCCGGCCAAGAGCAAAAGUGAUGGUCUCGGUCUCGUCUCCGAGGGGCUCGAACUUUCCCCCUCGCAACUCCCCGAAAUCGAUGAGUCCAAGAUUAAGAUUCUUCCCAUGUGUUGGAGAAACCCAGUGACGGGCAAACUGGCGUUGCAAGUCCAUCCUUCGGCUGUACAGAAAUUGCAUCUGAAAGAUGGCACCGUCAUGGAUGAUCUCGAGCAGGUGAGGGAGACUGUUCAUCGUCUCCAGAGACCGGGUAUUGCUCCCGAGUUGAUCUAUGCUGUGGAUUGGGAGGCUGGCGAUUUGGCCUUGUUUAACAAUCAUGGUGUGUUGCACUCUGUCACCGGCUCGUUUUUGCCCGAGGAAGUAAGGAUUUUCCGGCAGUGCAAUUUGGCUGCGAGUGAAGAGCCUCUUGGACCGUUGCUGUAGGGGUCAUGAUUACCAGACGUUGCGUGGAAGGUUUUGAAUGGGGGAGGCUUUUGUUUUUUGCUUUCUGAUUUUUUUUUUUCUUUUUGGAUUUCUGUUCCCUUUUUUUGAGCAAGGCGCUGGAGAUUUUUUCUCUUUAUUUAUGAUACCCCCGUGUGUGGAUCGAC